UCAAGUUGCCGUUGUUUUGUAUUGUGCCAUUUUGUACUAUAUCUUUAAUUUCGUCCGCAGAAAACUCUUAAUUGUUUUAAAAUGCUAAUAUUGUUUGAUGGCCGGUGAAGUAACAUUGUCAAGGUUAUCGUAAAGUGUUAUCAUGUGGGUUAAGCCGCAAGAAGUGUUUAUAAAAACUGCGUUGUGGGAUAGUGAUGAAACGACGCUAUAUUUCGUACUACAGAGACGGAAAGGGCAUGGCAAGUCGGCUGGACUGUCUUCGUUGCUCGUUAGUACGUUCGACAGUGUCCGGGACACAAAGCCAGCUCCAUACAGGAUUCUCCAUCAAACUCCCAAUUCUGAAAUAUAUUAUGUUAUAUCAUCAGCUCUAACGGAACAAGAUAUUCGUCAAGACUGGCAGUGGCUGCUAGAUAAUGUCUGCCCGACACUACAUUCCUUUGAUACUGAGGAGGAAGUCACGGAGUUUGUCUGUUGUAAAAUCAACUCCAUCAUUGCCACGGAGCAAGAAAACUUUACAGAAGAUGAGGACACAAUUACAUACAAAAAUGUUGUGUACGAGUUCCACCAAAGAUUUGCAAUGCCGAAAGAUGAGAAAUUGGUGUGUUAUUACUCCUGCAGUUACUGGAAAAGCAAAAUGCCCAGACAAGGUUGGAUGUACCUCUCUGUCCACUACAUGUGCUUCUACUCCAACAUAUUCGGACACAAGACCACGAUCAAGAUCCGAUGGGCCGAUGUGACGGAACUAGCCAAGACCAACAGUUUACUUCCGGACUCCAUCAAAGUUACCACUAGAGAUGCGGAGCAUUACUUCACCUUGUUUUUGAAGAAAAAUGAGACAUAUGCUCUUAUGCAGCAGUUGGCGAAUAUCGCAAUGAAACAAUUGAUCGACGACAAAUCCGGCAGUUUCAACAUAGACAAGGACCUGCUAACGAAACUCAGCAAAAACGUACCAAAAAAGCCCUCCUUCCUCAAACGCGAUCUAGACGCAAGGAAGCAGUCAAAUCUCUACACCUUGAGGUUCAGGUUACCUCAGACGGAGAAGCUGGAUGGGUCAGAAGAAUGCUCCCUGUGGACGCCUUAUAAUAAGAGGCAUAAUUGGGGCCGGUUGUACUUAUCGCAGAAUUUCAUUUGUUUUGACAGUCGGGUCCGAAACCUGGUCCGUCUAACCAUCCCUCUCCGCACCGUGCACCAAGUAGAGCGCGCAGACUCCGGCGGUACUGGCAGCUCAGAUUCGGGCAGCAUCCUUAUUACCACCGCACACCACACCAGUUUUCUCUUCGGCAACAUCUCGGAUCGCGAGUUCUUAGUCCACAAGAUCUCGGAGCUGCUAGCGAAGUUACCCAAUGAUGUGUACAGGGAGAAGCCGCAUAAGAAGACUGAGGAGCCGUCGUGGGCGCCGCAGCCGCCGUUGAUGUCGCUGUUUCUGACGCAGCAGACUUCGCCUAUCAAGCAGAUACAGCAGAAGAAGGAGAAACAAUGGGAAGACCACAUGACAGACGUCGGUCGCGGUAUAAGCAUGUACCAAACCACCGCCGGCAGCGAACUGGUCAUCAACGGCAUACCAGAGUCCCUACGCGGGGAACUAUGGAGCGUAUUCUCCGGCUCAAUAUUACAGAAGACUCAGAAUAAAGGACUGUAUGAACGACUGGUCAAUGAGGCUUUGUCGUCGAAGAAUCAGGCCAAUGAUGAGAUUGAAAGGGACUUGCAUCGGUCGCUGCCUGAGCAUCCGGCUUUUCAAAAUAAUGUUGGCAUCUCUGCACUGCGUCGCGUUCUCUGCGCAUACGCCCUCAAGAACCCGACCAUUGGGUACUGCCAAGCCAUGAACAUUGUGGCUUCAGUACUGCUGAUAUACUGCCCAGAAGAGCAAGCCUUCUGGCUACUGGCGACUAUCUGCGAGACGCUACUGCCGGAUUAUUAUAAUACGAGGGUCGUUGGCGCUUUGGUGGACCAAGGCGUCCUAGAAGAGCUAACGGAAGCCCACCUGCCCGAGCUCCACGCGAAGUUAGAUGAGCUCGGCAUGAUGAACAUGAUCUCCCUGUCCUGGUUCCUGACGCUGUUCAUCAGCGUCAUGCCCUAUGAGUGCGCUGUCAAUGUCAUGGACUGUUUCUUCUAUGAUGGAGCUAAGGUCAUCUUCCAGGUGACGCUAAAAAUUCUGGACAUCAACCGAGACAAGCUGCUCAAAUGUACGGAAGACGGGCAGGCCAUGCAGGUGCUCAACGACUAUCUGAAGGGCAUCUACAAUGAUGAAGCCAUGGCGUUGUCUACUGAACCCAGAACCGCUGAGAAGAGUGUCAAAAUCCAAGAGAUCAUCUACCAAUCCUACCGCUCCUACGGGCAGAGCGUAACACCAGAAUGUAUAGAACAUCUCCGACUGAAACACAGGCUUCGAGUAGUCCGGCAACUAGAAGAUAGCCUUGAGAGAAACACGCUGCGAGCUUUGCAAAUGGAUCGGUUACUGGAGCCACCGGAGUUGCAGGAACUAUUAAGCAUAGUCCGCGAAGAAUUACUCUGGGCGAAACGCGUGCCGUGCGAGCGACUGGAAGCCCCAUACGAGGCUUACAGACUGGAUUUUACGCAGUUCAAGAAUUUGUUCACUGCUCUGUCGCCGUGGGGGAAAGGAGAAUGCGCUGAGGCCAUCACUGCUAGGAUGUUCAAGUUAAUGGACAACGACAACGAUGGUUUCGUGUCCGCGCGCGGCCUCUCACUCGCGCUAGGGAUCAGCGCCCGGGCGGACGCGCCACGGCGCCUGCGCGUGUUGUACUGCGCGCACGCGCCGCCGCUGUUGUCGCACGAAGAACUGCGCGACGCGCGCGCCGCGAGGGCCGGCGCUGAGCUCGCAGCCGAUGCCAUCUCAUUCUUCGACAGCGUAGAAAACCCGUCCGGGUCUGACCCCGUACCACAAGAACUACAGCGCUCUAUAAGUGACGCCGGUGACCCUGGCUACAUGGACAAAUCUACCGACAGUUCUAACACCCAAUCAGCAUCGAGCAUAGACCCCAUAGCGGAAUCCAUCCGAGCGUGCGCCUGGUCCGGCAUCGGGUCCGGAUCCGGCGCAUCAACCCCCGGGACUGCUCCGCCGGCCUCGGCGCCGCCGCUGCCGAGACCACACUUCUUACAACUCCUAGCUGCUAUACAUUCCCUUACGCUACAUAAGGACCAGUUAUAUGAAGCGGCAGCACAAGCUGGUACACUCCUGUUAAAAAUGGGCGAGUGGAACCACCGGCGGAAGAGCCUGGACCGCGAGAUAUCACAGGACAGCUUGUACUUAGCGGCUGCCGAAAAGCAGCCCGCUUUGCGACAGGUGGACCCCAACGGCAACACAACAUCCGAGCAAGAAACUGAGCCAUCCCCUUCAAAGGAGACAGAUCCUUCGACGGACGACGAAUGGUCAAUUUCCCUCGAGCAGUUCCUAGCCACGAUGCUCUCGCAGGAACCUCUAGAGGCAUUCUUCAACGAGAAAGUAUCCAUAUUACCUGAUUUAGAAGCCUUGAAACAAAGAGACAGGCUACAGUCGAUGUCGUGAGGUAUUUUUGUAAUAAAUGCAUUUUUCUAAUUAUGAAAGAGAUUUGAGGCCUUUUGCGCAAUAUAUGUAUUGUAAAAUUGCUGUCAUGUAGAGCGAUUGUAGUUUGUUAUUAUGUGGCAAUGAUAUGAGCCCGUUGACCAAGCAAAGGGUAUUAGCGACUAGUAGUUGCCGCAAUGUAUUGUGGUAUUAUUAGACCGGUAGAAUUUGCUUUAUUUUGUUGUAAGUGUUGGCGAAAUCCUGUAUUUAAUUAUUGAUCUGUAACUACUGCUAAUAACUUUUUAGUUCAACAAGAAAAACUAAUUCUAAAAAAAUGAAUUUAUAAUUUUUUUGUAUUCCACAGACUGUUAGAGCGGUUUCGCACUACGACCGAUCGAAUCCGGACCGAUUCGAACCCGUGAAAAUAACAUACGUAUAGUAUCCGUAGAACUAUUUGUGUGGUAAUUUACGCACGCGCACUGGAUUCGAAGAAUGAAGGAAAGAAAUCGGAUGACAAAGGUUGGAUCUAGUCCGUAAAUUCAUACAAAUAGUUUUACGGCUCGUAUGGAUUUAUUUUCACGAUUUCGGACGAAGUGCGAACCCGCUCGAGAAUAUGUUUUAGGUCAAAGUUAUGUAACUUCAUUCUCGUGUUACAAUGAAUUCGACAUUAACACGUUGCUUUAUUUUUUAUUUAUCAUUUGAAACAUUCGCAAUAUUCGCAUGUUAAGCGAUAAAAACAUUCCAAAUUUUAUAUUGUUACUUGUGUGUUUAUUUUUCCUUGUGUAUUACCAUGAAAUUUAUUAGAAGUGUGUUAGUAUAACGAUUGUAGCCAUGUUAACAUGAAUUACCAAAAAUAAGAACGACCUUUUUUAGAAAAUGGCAAUAAAUCAAAUGUUUAAAUAUGCAGAAACAAAUGAAUUAUGGAAAAUAUAAGACACUGCUCGCCUUAGGCCCACUUGCACCAAACAUUUAACUCAGGGUUAGUGGGCUGUCAUCUGUCAAAUUUCAUAUAAAAUGGUGGUCAACCCUCGGGUUAACCCACCAUUUUUGUUGGUGCAAGUGGCCCUAACAGGUUUAUUUUUACCUCAUGCCGUAAAUCUGGUAGGCAAGCAUGGUCGCGCGAUAAAUGAUAAAACAUCAGACCGUCCCUAUCGCAUUGUAAGUGCGAUACGGACUUCCUCAUUUAUCGCGCGACCAUGCUUAUACGCCUGAUUAAAUAUCAAUUUGGAAAGUUCGAGAUUUUUACGGAGUGAAUACCGAAUUAUCAAAAAACAUUUGGCGUUGUCACUUAAUUUUAAUGAUUUCAUUUUAAAAGAAAUUUAUAAAUAUGCUCUUAGUAAAGUACCAAGUUUUAUUUUUAAAUUAAUUUAUAAAGUAGCCAUAUUAGUUAUAGUUAUAUUAAUCAUAUUUUCUUUUUUAAGCUAAAUAUAUUUUUAACAAGUACGGAAGGAUUGUAUAUUGUAUAUUUCAUAGCUUGUGCUUCAUAUGUAAAGUAUUGGUGCUUCGCCGUGUUUGUGGAUGUAUUAAACAUGUAAAAUCGGGUAACUCACGUAAAAUUGUCGAAGGUCGCUCGACAUGUCAUGCCAUGUGUUUUACGUGAGUUACCCGAUUUUACAUGUUUAAUAUGUCAGUGUCUCACGAUAGUUUUAUUUUUGUGGAUGUAGUGCAAAAACUAAGCAUUGGACUGUAUUCAUAUUGCAGACGACUUUAGGGAAACGUAUUCAAAUAUUUAAAUAUACGGAUGAUGUAACGCCAAAUCUUUGGAUUAGUUGUCUGGGGUCCAGGCUCCUAUUAGCCGUGGCAAAUGCCGGGAUAACGCAAGGAGGACGAUGACGGAUGAUGCGUCUCCAUGUGACUCGGCACAUGUCAUCAAUCGCGAUAUAUUAACGAGAGUAGGUACAUCCGUAUAUUUAAAUAUUAUUUUUGUGCUUCUUUGUACAGCAAAUGAGGUUAUUCGUGCAAUAUCAGUGAAAUAUCUUUUGAAAGCAGGAAUAACUGCAUAAAAUCAUAAGCAAUAAAUGUAGCAUGUGCGUAGAUUUUGUCGACUGUUUUCAACAUCUCAUCUAAACAUCGUUUUUAAAUAUUAGAAAACAGGUAAGCACUCUUUAAAGACGAGUAGUCAGACCAACUUGGCAACAAUUUUGAUAGCCCGGCCCCGGCAAAGGUUAAAAUAAACGUCAGAAUUUUAAAAUUUUCAUGUUUAAAAUAACAUUUGCACCGGCGACUAUUAUACUUAAGUCAAAAUAUGUAAAUAAGUAGUCAUAAUCGCUAUAUAUGUAUAGCAAUUAUGACUACUGACUAUAUUCUUACAUUCUUUCUAAUGCUAAAAUAAGAAGUCGAACGAAGAAACGAUAGUCACCUACGCAAAGUUUUGUCUAUGAUAAAAUGUUUUUUUUAGCUAUGUUAUCAAAAAUAGAAAUAUAUUUUUAUAAGCUUGUAUGUUAACCUGUAAUUAUAACAAGAGCCUCUGCGGAAAUUAGGUACAACCCAUUGACCUGACAAUAUUGUAAUUAUGCUUCUUAAGUAUAAGUACCAUUGUUUAUGAAUAAAUGUAUGAAGUAUGUUUAGCCCUGUAGAGUCUAGUUUUGUAUAAUACUACCUAACUCAACAGAUUAUUAAAGAAAUUAUGUUACUAGUAUACUUUUAUUACCGAAAAUUGCUUUCUCCGAAAGAAAUGUAUCAUGCGAUUUAACUGUUACUUAUGAAACUGCAAAUUUCAAGUAACUAUCUAUAAAGUUUCCUAUAAUCUUGAUGUAAAAUUAAUUCCUAAUCUAUGCACAAUUUGGGGUUAUCUAAUUAUGUAUUCCAACCUGAAUAUGUUAUACUAAAGAAUACAUGAAUAAAUUUGUUUGACGUUA